AGACUGCAGAAGCAGCAGCAACAGCAGAUGCAGCAGCAGCAGCAGAAGAAGCAGCACCAGAAGGAACAGCAGCAGCAGCAGCAGCAGCAACAGGAGCAGCAGCAGCAACAACAACAGACACAGAAGAAGAUGAAGAAGAAGAAGAAAAAGAAGAAAUUGAUGAGGAUGAACAAAAAAGAAGAUUGCUGCAGCAAGCACUGCAGCAGGAGCAGCAGCAGCAGCUGCUGCAGCAAAAGUUACAGCAGGAGAUAGAGGAACAGGAGAAGCAGCAGCAGCAGCAGCAGCAACAGCAGCAGCAGCAAACAGAUAAAAAAGAACCAUAA